UCGGUUCAAUUGGAUUUUGGGUUGACAGUGCAGGCCUGGAUCCGCGGUAUUCUCACUAGGAAUCAUCUUCGAUUGCUGCACGAGAGCGCUGUCAUCAUUCAACGUCAUUGGCGGGGCUAUUGUGCCAGGAUCAUUUUCGAGAAAUACUUGAUUCAAAGUGUUCAUCAAAUGUGGGAGGAAUAUUACGAAAAGAUGGCGACCAAGAUUCAAGCGUUUUGGCGUGGUUAUUGGCUGAGAAAAACUCUGCUUGACAUUAAAAAGAUGCAUUGUUGGUUGAACGAAGUAUACGAAAAGAACGAAGAAACUGUGAAGAGCAUGAAAAGAUUCAGGGAUAAGGAGAUCGAAUACAUUCAAAAAAUAAUGGAAGAGGAAUCGAUGCAAUGGAUACUUUUCAUUCUGUUCAAACUUCACCAUUUAUUGAGAACUACGUGUCAGCCAGGCGUGAUCACGAAAAUUGACAAUACCAAGUUCACUUUUAUCGAGGCGAUGCUGAAAUGCUUGCAGUAUAAACAUUACAUGCGCAAUAAAAAAUUAAGACCGAAGGGGAAGAAGUGUCAGAAAUGUGAAAUCGAUGAGAAACCAUCGUUCAUUCUACGAGGCACGUAUUACGAGAAAUGCGAGAAGGAGAUUCGUGAAAUCCAAAAAAAGCUGGAAGCUGAAGCGAUGCCCCUGUACAGAAGUAAUAAAUUGAAAGCAAAUAUUAAAUUUCGUUCGAUAUUUCAUUGACCGUGUCGUAAAUUUAGGCGAGCCUUACGAUGAACAUGAGAAGAGAAUGCGUAAAGAGAACCAUAUACGCAUACUAACAGCAUUGGAGAAAACGUACUGUGAUUCGAAUGUGAAGAAGAAGGAAGGACAGAAGAAAGCGUGUUCCUUAAGAAAAGAAUUCGAGCAGGAGGCUUGUUACGUCAAGGAAGACUUGCUCUUUGAGAAAAUCGAGAAAAUGGAUUGUCACCUGAACCGGUUACACUUGAAAUGCCCCGUUCACGAUUCUUCGACAGAAUUGUGUUCUUAAAUACUUCCGAUCGAUCAAUCAAUAUGAUAUAUUGGACGGAAUACGACAAGAACAAAUGAAACUAAAAUAAAAAAUUAAAAAGCAUUUGAUGCUGUUACGAUCCAGAUUUACGCGCAAUCGUUAUUUAUUCACGAUCUUUAAGCUUUGAAUUAUUUUCAAUGUUGUUAGCUAAUUUUUUUC